AUGACGUGGUCUUAGAACGAACUGUCAAAGUACGAAACUCGCAGUUGAAGUUAUGUUUACAUAAACGUGAUUAAGCACUAUUUUAUAGCCGAAAUAGAUAUAAAAACAAAUUAAACAAUAUCUUUUAUAAAAUAAUCGUGAAACAUGGUUUACGUAUCAAAUGAUGGAAGCGUCUUAUGUGGUACUCCAUUGCAUUUAAAAGUGUUUAGAUUUUUCACAGGUAUAAUUUUCAUGGUUAUAAUGUUUUUUAAAACAUUAAUCAAUCCUAAUAUGAACAAAUAUGGAAGCGAAUAUACAAGAGAUUAUAGACCUGGAUCUGGGCCACCACGUCCACCAACUCGUAGAUUAGGAAGACCUAACACAGGACAUACUGUUGAUAUUCCAUUUGGAGGAUGUAGUAGUUGUGCUAGAUAAAAUAAAGGCAAACCUUUACAACAGUAAAAUAAUACCAUUUAAAAAUUUUUACGUGAUUGCUAUAAUUAUAACAUGUUCAAAAAUGAAAUUACUUAAGAACUUGGAAAUUUUUAUAAUGAGAAGAUAAUGGGCAGACAUCUUGAGAAUAAUUUUAUUAAAUGUAUUAGAUUAUUUUUAAAAAUGUUAUAAAUCAUUAUAAAUAUAUCACACAUUAAACAUGCAUUAAAAAAAUAAAUGAACUUUCUAUUGCAAAUUAAUUUGUAUGUACAUAUAUAUAAUUACAAAUUUAUAGAUACGGUAUUAUGUUAAGUCUGGUAUAUUUCCUGCAAUAUACAAAUAUGUAGUUAUAUGCAUAUAGCUGCAAUAUGUAAAUACAUAGCUGCACAUAGUGAUAUUUAAAAUUAAAAAUGUGUUCAUAGAAUUAGGACUGCAAAUACAUAAAUUUUUUAUAUUA